AUGAAACCGGGGCUGAUAGUGAUAUGCAGUCUGGCGCUGCUAGUGAUCGCCGGUGGUUCUGUGAUAAAGUGCCCGAAUUGCAAUAAAAACGAAUGUGAGUGCAUACAUAAAGUGCUGAAGGCAUCCACCGUUCCGCCAUUCCCCUUCUGCAAGGUGAAAAUCUGCGAAGAAAUGAACCCAGUGGAAUUUCAACCGAUAAAGGAUGUAUGUUCUUGCAUCGAUCUAGCCGCCGUACGGCCCGAGCGGCCACCAAAGGAUGAAAAACCUCUUUUUGCACCGGAUACUUCGUGUGAAUGUGGAUACAAGGAUAGUGGGCAACUUCCAAAAAAAUACUUCGCUGAUCCGGUUAGUCAACAUCUAGCCAAUAUGGCCGCUAGAAAGAAGCAAGUGUCAGUAUCGGAAGCAGAUUUGCACUUCCAGGGACACGCCAUUAAAGUUAAGCCGCAAAUGAAACCGACGUCAAACGUGAUGGAAGAACGGUUACAUAAAUUCAACCGUCAAGUGAUUGAAUUGAAGCCAUCGCGGAAGAACCGCGUUUAUCAACCGGUAUCGUCUGAGGAAGACGAAUCUCCCUGUAACCCUAAAAAGCAAUCCUACGGGGAUAUUUGUUACGAUAAAGUCAACGCUCCAACGCCCAUGUUUGAGCAGAUAAAGCCCUGCGACAGUCCUUGCGAACUGUGUGAAGAUAACGUUCCUAUUGAUGAGCCUGAUGAUGACGAGUACGACGAAGAGGAAAAUGAUGAUUUGGACGAAGCUGUUGAUUACUAA